AUGGCCACCGAAAAGGAAGCGAGGAUGAGAAUGCUGAAGGAGUUUGACGAAACAAAUGCGGGAGUGAAGGGCCUAGUCGACUCGGGCCUCCAAAAUAUCCCCGAGAUCUUCGUUAGUCCGCCAGACGAGCUCGCUCGGGAGCCUGGACCACGACAAUCAGUCGAGGUCCCGGUGAUCGAUGUCGGAGACAUGGGAAAUCCGGAGAGGCGAAAUGGGAUCGUUGAGCAAGUGAGGAUGGCUUCGGAGGCGUUUGGGUUUUUUCAGGUGGUGAAUCACGGGAUCCCACAGGCGGUGCUGGACGGUAUGAUAGGUGGGGUCCACCGGUUCAUGGAUCUUGACGUUGAGGAGAAGAGAAAGUACUACACAAGGGAUGUGAGUGUGAGGCGGGCCGUCAUGUACACCAGCAGCUAUGAUCUGUACACUGCGAGGACUGCAAGCUGGCGGGACACACUGAGCAUUUUAUGUUUGGGGCCUGACCCGAUUCACCCGGACGAGUUGCCGGAUUGCUCCAGGGAAUCAUCGAUGCAGUACUCGAAACACGUAGAAAUAUUGGGAAAUACUCUGCUGGGGGUAUUGUCGGAGGCGCUUGGGCUCGAAACCAAUCACCUGGAAAAGAUGGAGUGCUCGAGCGGGCACCGCCUCCACUGCCAUUAUUACCCGGCUUGUCCUCAGCCACAACUGGCCAUCGGGACGACAAAACAUUCCGAUGCCGGAUUUCUUACCGUUCUUUUGCAAAGCCAAGGCAUAACUGCUCUACAGGUUUUGUAUCAAGGCCAAUGGAUUGAUGUUCACCCCACUCCCGGAGGUUUAGUAGUCAACAUUGGUGAUCUACUCCAGUUGGUAUCGAACGGGAAGUUCAAAAGCAUCGAGCAUAGAGCGAUCACUAGCCACCUAGGCCCAAGAAUUUCUGUGGCAUGUUUUUUCUCUGGUCCUGUGACUGCGGCUAAGGUUUACGGUCCAAUUAAGGAGCUGAUAACAGAGGAAAAUCCACCCAUUUACAGAGAGGUCUCAAUAGGUGAAUAUGUUGCCAAAUUCCUCAGCUCUGCACUUGAGGAUUAUCGUGCUCUUGAUUAUUAUAAGCUGACCGUGUGA